AUGCCUACAAUUGAAGAUAUUAUAGAAAAGGUGCAAAAAAAUGAAACUGAAGAAGAAGAACCAAUAAAAAAAAAUAAGCCCAUUACAACAAGUCAAGCUAUUGCUGAAAUAGAUACAGUAUUUGGUUAUAUUAAGCAACCUGAAUCUAAUCUUGAAAUCGAUAUUAAGACAACAUUAGAUUCUUUUUUUUGA